GUAAAUUUCGACAGUACCGGUGCAAAUUUUCUAUUUUCCACCUCUUUUUUCGCCAAAAUGAGCAAAGGAGAUUAUUUCUUGGUGGUGCAAACCAUCGAAACUGGUAAGCCAGUAUUAACGGUAGUGCCACAUAAAUGGGUUUGCGGAAAUACUCUUUUGUGGCCCAACAAGCAAGCAAACGAGCUCCGUAAAAAUGCAGCAUCAACACCAUCGCCUUCGUGGAUAAAAAUGUCUUGCUCGAUCAAGCGUAAAUUUAUCCCUACAUUCUCUGAGGCUGAGCAAGAGGCUGACGAUCUUUCUGGCCAAUCUACGGAUGCAUCGGACUUUGUUGUCAAGCGCAGAAAAACUGCCAAAACAGCCUCGAUUAAAAAACCGCUUGAUCUGAAUCAUAUGAUAAAUGACAAUCAAGUAUUGGAGCAAGCAACACAGUCUGUCGCACAGAAACAUCCUUCGAAUGUUGUGUCCACUGAUCCGCGUGUAUCCGUUGUCGCCCAGCCAGUCGAACAGAUUUACUGUCAUCCGGAUAUGAAUAAUUUGCUGGAAAAAACUCAAGGACCUGGGCUGAUUUCCCAAUCUGCACCUAUAACAGAUGCGUCCAACACAUUAGUGGCGCCGAUGGAUACAAUGGUGACGGAAGGAUACGUUGUAAACAUUCAGCAGCCCGAUGCAGACAGAAUCAUCAGAGAAGUUUCAGAUAAGAUCGAACAGGUCUGUACAAGAGUGGCUACAGAGGCGACCAACUCAGUACUUGGCUCAAUCCAAGUAAUGUUGGCUAAAACAUCAGCAAUGUUGGAGAUGAAAACAGAUGCUGUUUCUCGCAGUAAUACAUGUUUGCAUGAUCAAGAGCCAUCGUCGUCUUUCCAGUUUUCUCCAGUGACAACUAUUGAAGGGCUGGACAAUCUGGAAGAAAAUCUGGAAAAUGAUGUGUACGCCAAACAGUUGUUUGCAUAUAUGAAAAGGAUAAUUGGACAUAGUGGCGAUGAUUGUAAUGGACUCAAUAUUGCUUAUGGUCUGGUUGAUCACAUCUUCGACAGGAAGUUAAUGCUUGUCUGUUCUUGGACUGGAGAAAGUAAAGGAGAAACCACUAAGUAUCCUUUAAAGAAAUGUGUCAAUAUUCUUGACCUUUUCUUUAAACUAAUUCGUAGCGUGAAUAACACAUUUUCGCGUUUACUUCUUGAGGACUUUUUCAAGAGAGUAACGAGAAACUCAAAGAAACGGAGCGAGGCAAAAGGGAAGCGGCAAUCCUCAGUUCAUCGUAGAGCAAAGACAAAAGCGGCUCGAAAAUACCAUGGAAGUGAUAAGCAUGUUCUGGAUGAACAUCAGCAUCCUACAGCAGUUAUUGAACCGGAACAAGUGCUUACAGCCAACGACAUUGAAGGAGAAAUGGAAUCAGAAUCGAACUCAGAACAUGAAUAUGAGGAAGAUUCAUAUGACUUCAACGAUGAAUAA